AUGCCUCGUGAACCAAGACCGGCACUGAAAGUGCCCGAAACCUAUUCCUCGCUUCUACUUCAACAUAUCAAAGUCUCCAACGUGCCCGCUUCAUCCCCUACUGUGACCCCUGUGAUCUUGAUUACUCUGAACAGGCCCGAGAAACACAAUGCCUUCACAGAAACUAUGCGACUGGACUUGGAACGGGUGUACGAGCUCGUGGACAUUGAUCCUCGGGUCAAAGUCGUGGUCUUGACGGGUGCCGGAAAAAGCUUCUGCGCCGGGGCCGAUCUGGAGAUCGGUUUCCUAGGAGCAAAGGAUGAGAAUGGGAUCAUCAAAAACCCCAAGACAGGGCGCGACGUGGAUCAUCGAGAUGGUGGCGGGAGAGUAUCACUAGCAAUCCAUCACUGUUCCAAACCGACCAUUGCCGCCAUUCAAGGUGCAGCCGUGGGAGUAGGUAUCACGAUGUGCUUACCGGCGUGCAUACGGGUCGCAUAUGAAAAGGCAAAAGUCGGCUUCGUUUUCAGCAGACGAGGGAUCAUCAUGGAGGCCUGCUCUUCCUAUUUUCUCCCCCGACUUAUUGGACACUCACGAGCAUUGCAUCUGACCACCACCGGUUCGGUGUAUCCCGCAAAUCAUCCGCUGUUUGGCACCUUGUUCUCGGCAACGUGCCCAAGUCCAGAAGCUACGUUGACUCGAGCUCUUGAGCUGGCGGAUGAGAUUGCCAAAAAUACUUCGACAGUCUCGACAAAGAUGAUGAGAGAGCUGAUGUAUAGGGGCCCGGACAGUGCCGAGGGAGCGCAUCUUCUCGACUCAAAAAUCAUCCAUGGCUUGUUCGGCAGCAAGGAUAAUGUUGAAGGAGUGGAGAGUUUCCUUCAAAAGAGACAGGUGAACUUUACGGGCCAAGUGCCGCGAGAUGCUCCAGACUGGUAUCCAUGGUGGCAGCAGGUCGACAUAGGCGAUAAAGGAGCAGAGAAUAAAGGGAAGUCGAAGUUGUGA